AUGACCCAAUCUGAAGCCCGUCGCAAUGAGCCCAUUGCAAUCGUUGGCAGCGGUUGCCGCUUCCCCGGCAGUGCCAGCAGUCCUUCUAAGCUCUGGGAACUUCUGAAAACCCCCAGGGACCUGGUGAGGAAAGUCCCCAAGGAGAGAUUCAACGUGGACGCUUUCUAUCAUCCCGAUGGAGCCCACCAUGGUCGCACGAACGCACGAUUCGCCUACUUCCUUGACGAAGACCCAUACACCUUUGACCCAGCCUUCUUCAAUAUUCCACCCAACGAAGUCGACACAAUCGAUCCCCAACAGCGUCUUCUUCUAGAAACUGUAUACGAAAGUCUCUCGGCCGCUGGUCUCAAGAUAGAAGACCUUCGAGGUUCUCCCACCGCCGUCUACGUUGGUAUGAUGCAACGUGAUUUCCUCGACAACCAGAACUACGAUCUUGAUGCCCUGAACAUCUAUGCCGCUACCGGCACAUCUGCAUCCAUUCUAUCCAACAGAGUCUCCUACGUUUUCGACUGGCACGGUCCGAGUAUGACCUUUGAUACCGCCUGCAGCUCCUCCCUCGUUGCUGUUCACCAUGCCAUCGAGCAACUUCGAACGGGCUCAAGUCAGGUCGCCAUUGCUGCCGGCUCGAACCUGAUCCUGGGUCCAGUUCCUUUUAUCUCAGCCAGUAAAUUGAACAUGUUCUCACCCACUGGCCGUUCUCGAAUGUGGGAUGCCGCAGCGGAUGGUUAUGCCAGAGGCGAAGGCGUUGCCGCUGUCGUCCUGAAAACCCUCAGUCAGGCGAUCGCAGAUGGUGACAGCAUAGAGUGUAUCAUUCGUGAGAGCGGCAUCAACCAGGACGGCAAAACUGCGGGAAUUACAAUGCCGAACCAUGCGGCACAGGAAGCUCUCAUUCGCGAAGUCUACAAGCGAGCCGGCCUCGAUGUGACAAAGCCCGAAGACCGCUGCCAAUACUUCGAAGCGCACGGUACAGGUACUCCGGCAGGAGAUCCGCAAGAAGCCCAAGCCAUCUCUUCUGCUUUUUUCGGGGAGAGGCAGCGUGCUGUCGACGAAGACCCUCUGUACGUGGGUAGUAUUAAGACGAUCAUCGGUCAUACUGAGGGUACUGCCGGUAUUGCCGGCCUGAUCAAAGCUUCGCAGGCCAUUCAGCAUGGUCUACUACCGCCAAAUAUGCUAUUCAAUGACCUAAGCCCGAGAGUGGCUCCAUUCUACUCGGAUCUCCAGCUUGUCACGAAGCUCCAGGCCUGGCCCGAGCUCAAGUCUAACCAACCACGACGGGUGAGUGUUAACUCGUUCGGAUUCGGCGGUACCAACGCGCACAUAAUUGUGGAGUCCUAUAUUCCCGCCUGGAAACCAGCAAUAAAUGAGCUUUCAGCCCCUUGCCUUGCCCCGAUCACGCUCUCCGCCAAUUCAGAAGCCUCGCUGAAGGCCACCAUGGAGGAGCUGAGUCAAUAUAUCAAAAGCCAGCCCAGCCUACGGCUACAAGACCUCGCCUGGACACUGCUGAAAAAGCGAUCGGACCUCCAAGUCCGCCAUGCUAUCCCAGCCAAGACGGUGCAAACUCUCUGCGAGGCUCUCGAGCGCGAUGCCGCUUUGGUGCAAGGGAAGCAAACCAUCGCAACUGUCUCGGAUGUCAAGAUCAAACCCGAAGUGCUUGGUAUCUUCACCGGGCAGGGCGCCCAGUGGCCAACCAUGGGUAAGGCUCUUAUCUCGGAAGUACCUUACGCCCGCGAUAUCAUCUUGGAGCUGGACCAAUCUUUGCAGGACUUGCCAAGGGAAUACCGACCCACGUGGAAGCUCAUGGACCAGCUCCUUCUCGAGGGGGCAGACUCUAAUCUUGCGCAUUUGCCGCCGGCUUUCAUAUCGGCGUCCCAAGCAAUCCGUAUUGCAUACCUUCGCGGUCUCACUUCGAGGCAUGCAGGUAGCCUGAACGGCAUGGAGGGCGCCAUGAUGGCUGCAGGCACCUCCUUUGAUGAUGAAACUGAAUUAUGCGCCCUCGAGGCUUUUGAGGGUAGAAUAACCGUUGCAGCAAGCAAUGCACCGGAAAGUGUUACCCUCUCCGGAGACAAAGAUGCCAUCCUCGAGGCUCAGGAGAUCCUCAACGACGAGUCAAGAUUCAACCGGCUCCUGAAGGUUGACAAGGCUUACCACUCCCACCAUAUGCGUCCUUGCGCCGAGCCCUAUGUUGCAGCUCUGAAAGCUUGUGGCUGCGAUAAGUUCAGUAUGGAUGUCGCACCCACAGUCACCUGGAUCUCGUCGGUCUAUGAAGGGAAGAUCAUGAAGCCCGAGGACCUCAAGGCUGAGUAUUGGAGUGAUAAUCUGCUUUCUCCCGUUCUCUUCUCCUAUGCUGUCGAGCAAGCGCUGGUGAAGCACAUGCCGCUCGAUGUUUGCAUCGAAGUUGGAGCUCAUCCGGCUCUGAAGAAUCCUAGUCUCAAGACCAUUGAAAAUUGCGCCGGCGCUCCGCUCCCAUACGUGGGCUGCAUGGAGCGGAAUAAGUAUGACGUUGAAGCCUUCUCUUCGUGCCUAGGCUAUAUAUGGUCGCGCUUUGGCUCAGCUGCUAUCGACUUUGAUAGCCUGUACAGUAGCCUCUCAUUGGAUGCCAAAUCCAAAGACUUGUCCAAAGAACUUCCAUGCUAUUCUUGGGACCAUCACCGCUCGUACAGAAAGGAGUCACGCGCGCUUCGCAGUUGGCUUGGAGCCGAAAGCCCUCAUCUUCUGCUCGGCAAGCAGCUCGUCCACAGCAGUCCUUCAUCGAUUCUGUGGCAGAACUUUAUCCGGCAGCGUGAUAUCGAAUGGCUCGAUGGCCACUCCUUACAGGGACAGACUGUGUUUCCAGGCGCAGGAUACGUUGUCAUGGCCAUGGAGGCUGCUAUGAAGCUGGCCGGUGACCAAGAGGUUCGGCUUUUGGAAGUUCUGAACCUCUCCAUCGACAAGGCCGUGACCUUUGAGGAUGAAAACAGCAUGGUCGAGAUCAACCUCAGUCUAGACAUCGACCCAUCGCAGACCACAGAUACAUACGCCGUAUACAGCUUCGUUAUCAACUCUUGCCUCGCCAGAGAAACUGGUCUUACUCGCUCAGCGGCUGGUACGGUCGCCGUCACUUACGGACCAGGAGCACCUGAGACCCUUCCACCCCCUCAAGGCGAGCCGCCUCACCUAAACAAUGUUAGCAUCGACAGAUUUUACAACAUGCUCGGUGAAAUCGGGUACGGCUACACUAAGCAGUUCCGAGGAGUCAGUACCCUGAGACGCGGCGACAGCAAGGCUUGUGGCUCCAUCACCUUCCACCGGCUGGAAGACAAUCACCGCAACAUGGUCCUACAUCCUGCUACUCUCGACGUUGCCUUUCAAAGCUUCAUCGGAGCGUACACUGCUCCCGGAGACAGACGCCUGCGAUCCCUUCUCGUGCCUACUGGAAUUGAUCGCAUUGCUCUGAACCCGUGGGUCGCUGAUCGUAUUCACCCGCUGUCCAGCCAGGUGGAGUUCAUCUCAACCAGUGCGGCAAGUGUCGGAAAUACCGUGGCAGGAGACAUUGAAGUUGUUGAUCCUGAGACCGAAGCCACCAUGAUCCACAUCGAGGGCCUCAGUUUCAAGCCAUUUUCUCCGCUCUCGGCUGCUGAUGACCAUGGAAUGUUCUCCAAGUGGAGCUGGGGUCCAAUCAACCCAGAUCCCUUGCUCGAUGACAGCAAAUACCACGCCACGGAGCAGGACAAGAAGGACGUUGCAGUCAUUGAGCGAAUUACGUACUGGUACAUCAAAGGGUUUCUCGCAAACCUCACGGCUGAGGACCGCGAGAAGGCAGCCUUUCACUUUACGAAGCAUAUCCAGUGGUGCGAGUAUAUCAUCGUGGAGACUGAGGCGGGCCGUAAUGUGUGGUACGAGCCGGGCUGGGACAAGGACACGAGAGCUGAUAUUGAAGAAAUGAUUCGACAAAAUGUGGCCCAUCCCUUCGUACGCCUCAUUCAGAGAGUCGGUGAAGGAGCCUUGGACACACUUCGCAACAAUACGAACGCCUUUGACCUGAUGGACCACGAUGGCUUGCUCACCGAAUUCUACGGCGGCACCGUGAGCUACGGGAAUUCAUACCACUACUAUCAAAGACUCCUUGGGCAGAUCAAUCACCGGGAUCAAAACCUGAAUGUUCUCGAAAUUGGCGCUGGUACUGGGGGUGCCACACGGUAUUUCUUGAACCACCAACAGAUCUCGUUCAAUAGCUACACCUUCACCGAUAUCUCCAGCGCGUUUUUCGAGCAAGCGGCCAAGGAGUUUGAGCGGCAUGCCGACAAGAUGGAUUUCCGUCCGCUCGAUAUUCGCCGUCCUCCAAGCGAGCAAGACUUCAAGCCCAAUUCGUACGACUUGAUCAUUGCUUCCAAUGUGCUCCAUGCCACGCCUAGGCUCGAAGAGACUCUGGCAAAUGUGCGAUCUCUGCUAAAACCUGGGGGUCGAUUGGUUGUCAUUGAAGUUGCACACCGUGAGCACACUCGUAUUGGAUUCAUCUUCGGUUUGUUCCCCGAUUGGUGGGCUGGUCAUGACGAAGGGCGUGUUCUUGAACCCUUUAUCUCAUAUGAUCAGUGGGACACACUGCUGAGGAAGACUGGGUUUUCGGGUAUCGACAGCCGCACUCUUGAUCCGGACAGCAGGGUCUUCCCCAACGGCGUGUUCGCUACUCACGCGGUCAACGAUCUAGUACAAAGGCUGGACUCGCCACUGACUGCCCCCGUCAAGGAGUCCUACGCGCCACUGGUUGUUAUUGGGGGUUCCUCACCGAAGACGAGUGCGCUCUUGGAUAAGCUUCCAGCCAUCCUGCCAGCGCGCAAAUGGGAGACUGUCCCCACCAUCCGAGAGAUCAUCGACUUUGACUACCAGCCAGGGUCCACAUUUGUUGUGCUAUCUGAACUGGACCAGCAUACGUUUGCUGGGUUCGAUGAUGAGCAACUUGAUGCCUUGCAAACCAUCUUCAACGCCGCCAACCAUGUCUUGUGGGUGACGGAAGAUGCCUGGGUUGAAAAUCCGCAGCAAGCCAUGACCAUCGGCCUCCUUCGCACUCUCCGUAUGGAAUAUCCGGAAAUCCACAUACAGGUGCUGGAUGUGCAGAAUGCUGAAAAUCUGAGACCUGAGUUGCUGGUUGAGACCAUUCUGCGAUUGGAAGAUGGUACUGACUGGCAGGAGAGCGGUAUUUUGUGGACACAGGAGCCAGAACUGUACUUGUCUGAUGGCAAGGUUAUUGUGCCACGUCUCAAGCCAGAUGUUGACAGAAACCAUCGACUGAACUCUGGCCGCCGUCCCAUUCUGGUGGACUUGGAUCCGAGACAGGAGACUCUGACCCUUGGAUACGAUGACGAUGAGCCUUUCUUCAGGUUCCACGAGGAGCGCUUUGUUCUACUAGCUGUUGAUGAGUCCUUUGUGACGGUCCAGGUGGAGUACUCUCUUGCAAAAGCUCUAAGAAUGGGCCAGCUGGGCUAUUUCUAUCUCAUUCAGGGCAGGGUUGCUGGAUUCGACGGCACGGUGGUCGCCCUCUCAGAGACCAACGCUUCCUCCGUUCAAGUCCCUUCCCACCGACUUGUUACCAUCACAAACAAGGCGGAUCUGACUAUGUCUGUGCUUCCAGCCAUCUCAGGAGACCUCGUCGCACAGACCCUGCUAUCGGACUUCGCCGCAGGUUCAUCCGUACUUAUCUUUGAGCCUCCCAUGCUCUAUGUCGAGGCUCUGAGCCAUCGAGCAGCGGCUGCUGGCAUCCCACUCAUCUUCGUAUCCACCAAGGCCGCUCCGAAAUUGGGCGGUAUCCGCUGGAUUCAACUGCACGAAAAAGAGACGCAGCGCAACCUUCGCCAGAAGCUGCCGCUAAACGCUUCAGUAUUUUAUGAUUUGGCUCCCGAAAAGAGCCCGGCAAGCCUGAACCACAGGCUAGCCAGAUGUCUUCCGUCUAGCUGCUCUAUUCGCCGAAUUGACCAUUUGUUCCAGAACGUUGCUACACCGAUGUCCGCAGAAAGCGUUCAAAACGCGUCUCAGUGUCUGGUUGAGGCUGUCCGGUUAGCAAACGAGGUCAGCAACGACCACAAUGUGUCUAUACUCAAGGGUAAUGAGAUAUUGUCUUUGAAACAAGGUCCUGAGAUCAAUGCGGUUGUCGACUGGAAGUCGGACCAGAUCAUCCCCAGCCGUAUCCGCUCGAUGGAGACAGAUCGGAUCUUCGUCGACAACAAGACGUACCUGCUGAUUGGUCUGGCUGGUGAUCUGGGCCGUUCUAUUGCUCGCUUCAUGGUCGAGCGCGGCGCACGCCAUGUGGUCCUGUCUAGUCGCUCUCCCAAGAUUGACCAACGCUGGAUCGACGACAUCGCCCUGCUUGGGGGAAGCGUGAUGGUUCUACCAAUGGAUGUUUCCAACGAGGCCUCGGUCGACGAAGGUCUCGCUCGAGUCCGUGCCUCUAUGCCGCCAAUUGCUGGUGUUGCCUUUGGACCACUGGUCCUCCAGGAUGUCAUGUUCAAGAACAUGGACCUGUCGAUGCUGGAAAUGGUGCUUGCGCCCAAGGUGACGGGUGCUCGGCUGCUAAACGAGCGUCUCUCGGACCCUGCUAACCCGCUUGACUUCUUUGUCAUGUUCUCAUCCUUUGUCAUGGUCUCCGGGAAUCCUGGACAGGCAGCGUACAGCGCUGCAAAUGCAUACACGCAUGCGCUUGCUCAGCAAAGACGCGCUCGUGGUAUGGCUGCAUCGACCAUCGACAUUGGUGCCGUGUUCGGUGUCGGCUUCAUUGCGAGAGCUGGCCGUGAACACGAGUAUGAUGUCGUCAGGUUUAUCUUCGAUGAGGUCAACGAAUGGGAGCUGCAUGCACUCUUUGCAGAGGCCGUUGUUGCCGGUCGAAACUGGGAGACCAAGGAUGUCGAGGUCAUCACCGGUAUGCCGUACAUGGAUCCUGCUAACCAUGACCGAAUUCCCUACUUUGACGACCCGCGAUUUGCUUAUUUCAGGCUGUCCGAUCGCCACAUUAAGGGCGAGGACGCCGCUGGUGCGAUCGGAUCCGUCAAGGAUCAACUUAUCAAGGCCGAAACCAUGGACGACGUUCGCGCGAUCAUCAUCGACGGCCUCUCCGGCAGGAUCCGCGGGGCUUUACAGCUUACUCCUGCUGAUGAGCUCAAUCUAACAGUGCCUCUAAUCGAUCAGGGCGUGGAUUCCCUCAGUGCUGUUACGGUUGGCUCAUGGUUCACCAAGAACCUGAAUAUAGACAUUCCCCUUCUGAAGAUCCUUGGUGGUGCCUCUGUCGCUGACCUGGUGGACGAGGCAGUCUCCCGCUUGACACUUGAAGCUAUUCCCCUGGCUCAUUCUACGUCGUCGGAAGAUGCAGCGCAGUCUGUCACUGAGGCGCAGCUUAUCCCGCCGUCGUCGACAGUUGGCGCGUCCGACGAAUCCACGUUCUCUGUUGAUUAUGAUGGCGUUCCAACGCCUCCAUCUCCGCAUUCCUGCGAUGAGGAUGGCUUUGAACGGCAGGUACCACUUUCCAUCACGCAAGAGUACGCUUGGAAACAACAACAACUUCCCUUGGAUCCGACGACGUUCAACAGCACUAUUGGCAUACACAUGCAUGGUCCCCUCAAUCACAAUCGCCUCGGAUGGGCAUUCAAUCAGGCACUGCAGCGGCACGACGCGUUUCGUACAUGUUUCAUCACAGAUCCGGACGGCUCAGCGCAACCCACCCAAGCCAUUAUGCGGUCACCGCGAGCCUACUUUGAAGUCGUCAAGGUUAUAGACAAAGCUGCCUCUGAGCAAGGGUUCAAGGAUCUCGAAGAUUACAAGUACGAUUUAGCGAAGGGCGACACCCUGAAGAUCGUCGUCUUCCACUGGUCACCCACUGAUCACCUUCUUAUCAUUGCUUACCAUCGCCUUGUCGGCGAUGGCUGGACCACUGAACAUCUCUUCGUCGAGGCCGGUCAGUUGUACAGCGGCGUCCCGCUUGAGGCUGCGCCGAGCUACGCCGACUUUGCCAUCCGCCAGCGAAAGCAGCUCGAAUCCGGCGGCUUCAGUGAGGACCUCCAAUAUUGGAGCUGCCUCUUCGAGACCCUUCCCGCAAGACUCCCGGCACUCGACGUCCCCCAGGCCAAGGCGAGUGCCACUCCAACUACCUGGACGGAACACGAGUUGUCCGCACGCCUCAGCAGAAUGGUCGCCGUUCGCAUCAAAGACCGCAGCCGCAAGCACAAGGUGACGCCUAUGCACUACUACCUGGCCUCCUACCUCGUGCUGCUGGCACGCCUCACAUCCAGCACAGACGUGGUCAUCGGCGUCGCUGACACCAACCGGCCCACGCUCACCGAUCAGGCCACUAUGGGCUUCUUCGCCAACUUCUUGCCCGUGCGCCUGAACUACAACUCGGACAAGAUAUUCAAUGAGGUUCUCGUAGCUGCCAAGGAACAGAUGCGUACGGCGUUGCUGCACAGCGCAGUGCCCUACGGGGCUAUGCUCGAGCGGCUCGGCCUGCCAGCCCCAUCCGCUGAUGACCCGCACUCCCACGCGCCGCUGUUCCAGGCCGUUUUUGACUAUAAACAGGGUCAGGCUGAAAGCGGAAACAUUGGUGAGGCGAAGAUUAUUGAUUCGCGCACGCCGCGGGCCGGAUCCCCUUAUGAUAUCACCUUGGAGAUGAGCGAUGACCCUAGCAAGGACCCGUUGAUCACGGUCAAGUUGCAGAAGGAGCGGUAUGGACCAAAGGAUGCUGAGGUGGUCAUGGACGCAUACCUGUCGAUUUUCAGCAUCUUUUCGAGGAACCCGGCGCUCAGGGUUGAGGAUGGGAGGUUGGAUCAGGGGGCCAAAUCGAGGGCUUGA